UAUGUCGGUAAUGAAUAAAAGGGGAAUUCUGGAUCACGUGAUAGAGCGAGCGUGUGAGUUCUAGUUCACACCUGUCCGGGAAGCUGUUGACGGGUUGUGCUGUGCGUGGUGUGUGUCACUUUGCGCUCCCCGGAGAGAGAGAGAGAGAGAGACGGGUUGUGCUGUGCGUGGUGUGUGUCACUUUGCGCUCCCCGGAGAGAGAGAGAGAGAGAGAGACGGGUUGUGCUGUGCGUGGUGUGUGUCACUUUGCGCUCCCCGGAGAGAGAGAGAGAGAGAGACGGGUUGUGCUGUGCGUGGUGUGUGUCACUUUGCGCUCCCCGGAGAGAGAGAGAGAGAGACGGGUUGUGCUGUGCGUGGUGUGUGUCACUUUGCGCUCCCCGGAGAGAGAGAGAGAGAGAGAGACGGGUUGUGCUGUGCGUGGUGUGUGUCACUUUGCGCUCCCGGAGAGAGAGAGAGACGGGUUGUGUUGUGCGUGACUAUGCGCUCCCCGGAGAGAGAGAGAGACGGGUGAGAAAGUGCGUGAACAACCGGACCGGUAACCGGAAAUAAUAAUGGGCAUGGCGGGACCGGUCAGUCAUCAGCAACGGAUAGUUGCUUCAGGUUGGAGUCCCGUGAGUCUGUCUGACUUUACCGAAGAGAACGAGAAGGGAAACGUUCCAAGUCUUCAUGGUAACUUUUCAUUCCAGAGAGAGUUGGGACAUCUUUAUGAUUAUUGUGGAAUGCUGUUGUCUAUUUAACUAGUGCUCCGUUUUUAUUUUUAUUUAUUUUUAUCGGUUACUGCUCCGGUGAGCCUAGAGCCAUGGCGUUAUCGCAGAUCCAGUGUUUGGAUGAGAAUAACGUGAACCUCCGGACGCAUGAAUCCAAACCGGACUUUUUUUAUUCCGAGGACCAACGAUUAGCGCUCGAGACGCUUCUCCGGGAUGGACGCGAUGCCUUUAAUAAGUUCCUCCACGCGACCAGUCUCCGGUGUUUCCUGUCGGACCAGGAGGUGGACCAGUUGACCGGGGCAGUGGAGGUGUACGACCCGGCAUCAGAGCUCCGUCAGGGUGACUCAGACAGUGAUGAACUCCCGCUGUCUCUCCAGUACUGGCCGGAGCUGUCUGACUGCUCGCUCCCGCGGCUGGAUCUGGGCUGGCCGGACUGCGCGUCCUACAGAGGAGUGACUCGCGUCACUGUGUACGCGCAACCGCCACUGGACGGCCACACGCACAUCAAAGAGAUGGUCAGGAAAACCAUCGCGCAGGCGCAGAAGGUGAUUGCGGUGGUCAUGGACCAGUUUACAGACGUAGAUAUCUUCAGAGACCUUCUGGAGGCGUGCUUUAAGAGGAAAGUGUCUGUCUACAUCCUGUUGGAAAGAGCAGCGUUACCUCACUUCCUGUCUAUGGCCGAGAGGGCCGCCAUGCACCCGGGACACCUGAAGAGCCUGCGUGUGCGUGUGUCAGGGGGAGCAGAGUUCUUCAGCAGGUCGUGUACCAGGGUGAGAGGACGGCUGGGUCACAGGUUCCUGUUGAUAGAUGGAGACAAGGCUGUUUCUGGAUCGUACAGUUUCACCUGGACGGCGUCUCGUUUGGACAGACACCUGGUCACCUUGGUAACGGGCCAGGCGGUUGACUCCUUUGACCAGCUGUUCCGUGACCUCUACCUGACCUCCAGCGGGGUCGACCUCCGCAGGGUCACCACGGAGACGGAACCGGAGCCAGAGUCCCUCCCCCGGGCCACCCCCGUCGCUUCUCUCUCCGCAGCUAACGCCAGGAAGCUGUUCAGCCCUAAAUACGCCGUGGUGAUCGGCAACGCUAACGCUAGCAGCGCCGGCCCUGUCUCCUCCGGAACUCCGGAGCUCCAGAACUCCAACUCCCAGAACCCCCUGAAAACAAAGGUGCGUGUCCGGGAGCCAGUGGAAGCUCCGCCCCUCCACCCGGGAUUGGCCUGUCUGGAGAAAGCGUACCUGAUUCCGUACCUGCCCACCUGGCCCGAACCCGACCCCCCCAGAGAUGUCAUCGGGUUCAUCAACGUGCGGGACGCGUCGCGGUCGACCCAGGUGCACCUGCAACGCUCCGAGAGGUUUGAAACGAGCCAGGCUAUACGGUUCAGCAGUCCCUUUACCCUGCCCAAUGAGGAGACACUUCCUGACAGGGCUGUGCCUAGACCAACCCCUACCCCUAACUCUACCACUACCCCUAUCUUUACCACUACCCCUAUCUCUACCCCUAACUCUCCCACUACCCCUAUCUCUACCCCUAUCUCUACUCCCGUAUGCCCCUCCCUUGCCUUCACCCCCGUCCCCAAGCCCCGGACGGUGCAGUUGGUCAUGAGGAACGGGAGUGGUCAGGACCUAUGUGGAGUCAGAGGGGUUAAGAAGACAGACCGUCUGGAGCUAACAGGACCACAAAGAGACUGUCUGAAUGGAACUGGACUGUGGCUAGACUGUGAGACUGCACUACGACCCCAGAGUGGUUGUGAGACCGCACUGCAAACACAGAGUGACUGUGAGACUGCACUACGACCCCAGAGUGGCUGUGAGACCGCACUGCGAACACCGAGUGACUGUGAGACUGCAGUAGUACCCCAGAGUGACUGUGAGACCAGACUACGACCCCAGAGUGACUGUGAGACCACACUACGACAACAGAGUGGCUGUGAGACCGCACUGCGAACACAGAGUGACUGUGAGACCACACUACGACCACAGAGUGACUGUGAGACCGCACUCCGACCCCAGAGUGGCUUACGACCCCAGAGUGACUGUGAGACCGCACUGCGAAUACAGAGUGGCUGGGGUCGCACUGCAGUACGACCCCAGAGUGACUGCGAGACCGCAGUACAACCCCAGAGUGACUGCGAGACCGCAGUACAACCCCAGAGUGACUGCGAGACCAAAGUACGACCCCAGAGUGAUUGCGAGACCGCAGUACGACUCCAGAGUGACUGCGAGACCGCAGUACGACCCCAGAGUGACUGCGAGACCGCAUGCAGGGACUCUGUAUACCCUGAGUCUGUCUGUGAUCUACUGGCCAACGAGCUAUACUGGAGACCUGAGGAGAAAGAGACCCCACACCCUGAGUCUGUCUGUGAUCUACUGGCCAACGAGCUAUACUGGAGACCUGAGGAGAAAGAGACCCCACACCCUGAGUCUGUCUGUGAUCUACUGGCCAACGAGCUAUACUGGAGACCUGAGGAGAAAGAGACCCCACACCCUGAGUCUGUCUGUGAUCUACUGGCCAACGAGCUAUACUGGAGACCUGAGGAGAAAGAGACCCCACACCCUGAUGAGACCAGCAGAACUACUGUCCUCCAGUGA